AUUAACACGCCUGCGCUCUCUUUGCUGCUGACCUGCCCUUCUCCCGCCUGAUCGACACGAAGAAAUGGCCCCCUCAGGGAAAACAUACGGUGUCGCUGACCUGAAGCAGCACACGACAGAAAAGUCGUGCUGGCUAGUUGUACACGGGAAGGUUUACGAUGUGACCGAGUUCCUGGAGGAGCACCCAGGCGGGUAUGACAUCAUCCUCACCUCGACGGGCAAGGAUGCCACCCAAGAUUUUGAGGAGAUUGGGCACAGCAACUCUGCAAAGAAGCUUCUGGAGAAGUACGUGAUCGGAGAGUUUGAGGGUGGCGACAGCGCUCCCGCCGUGGCCAAGGUGCCUCCGCAGAGCGCCAACGCGGCGAAGCAGCAGCCCGCUAAGAGUGCGGCGACGCGAACAUUCCACGUCAUCCUCCCACUGCUCAUACUGGCGCUGGCGCUGGCGCUCAACUUCUACAUGAUGAGCCAGAAGAAGUCUGCAUGAGCGGUUGCACCAGGCAUGUCGGCUCAUGGCCGGUCAUUUUGAAACAGUGCCAGGAGCGGCCAAUGUGUGUCGGCGCGGGAUGCAUGGGAUUCCGACUGCAUGGGCCUGUGACGACACGGCAGCGCAGGACCUGCUCGUGGAGUCGCUCGUUGGUGCCGGCGGCGUUAUCAGCAGGGCUUGUCGGUGGGAGCUUAAACAACAGGAGCUUAACAGCAGCUUGCGCUUCGUUGCGGAGGUGGUAUGGACCAGGCAUGCUGGAGUAUGCGCAUUUUGAUAGAGUGCGUGCAUCGGACAACUGAGUCCUGACGAGCAGGCAACUAAGAUGAUUGAAGGAUACUACUGCAAUUGCGGUACCUCACAGUAGAGCACGAACUUGACAUUGCUACUGUGAGGUUUGGACGGGCAGGGUAUGGCGGUAGUCGAGCAGCGGAGGUGCAGUGGGCCUGUUUAUGGGCAUGCGUAACGAGUGAGGCACUGGAAUGCGUGAUGGCAGGGAGUGGAGGCACGUCGUAUGCCCAGUGGCUGACAAGCCGCAUUGUAGGCUGCGAGGAGAGGGGAGUGAGUGGAAGCAUGGAGCGUACGUGGGCUCAUCGCGAUGUUCCUUUGGAGCUGAAACAGCUUAGCACUGGUGUGAAGGAUUGUGUAAGGCUCAUACUGAGAGUCUGAGACGGACAAAUUGAAGAGCAGUUUAU